CAUCUGAAUGUCAGGCUUUUUCAUCGGUAUUCUUUUACCAUAAUGUCAGAUAACUUCUCGUUGUUAGCUUUCUUAUUCAUUACUCUCUGAUUCGAUGAAAAUUAUUCCUUGUUGUCUGAUGCAGAUAAUUAUAUUUGAAAAAUGUUUGCAGAGAGCGAGGACCUGGAUAUUCUCCAAGAACUCAAAAAUAUAGAAAAUGUUAUCAACUUGACAAGAGCCAAUAUCGACUCUCUCAUUGCAAAAUUUGCGGAUUUCCAGCAUCCUCCUCCUAUGUACGUGCAGGAAUAUGAGGAUCUCACGAGUAAACUUCAUGAAUUAGAAGUAGAAGAAAGAAAGUUGAUGGCACAACUUAGUAAUGGAAGAGAAAGCCCCGAAGAUGUUAGUGAACAUGCUCAACCUGAAAGAGGAGCAAAACCAAAAGAAGACUUGAUUAUAAGGCCUAAGUUUUUUCUAAGAGCUCAUCUCCCUAAUGGUAGGACUAGUGUUCAGGUUCGAGAAGGUUUAACUCUUCGAGAUGCUUUGGGCAGAGCCAUGAAAUUACGAAACCUGCAUUGUGAAAUGUGUAGUGUGUAUGUCGGAGACCCUGACCGUCCUAUCAAUUGGGAUGUUGAUAUUAGUACUUUGAACUGCAAAGAAAUAACGGUUAAAAUAAUUGAUAAAUUUCCAAUUCGUACAAGUAUUUCCCAUAAUUUUGCUAGAAAAACUUUUUUUUCUCUAGUGUUUUGUGAGUGCUGUAGAAGACUUUUGUUCCAAGGAUUUUAUUGUAGGACUUGUGGUUAUAAGUUCCAUCAAAGAUGCGCUGCAGGAGUUCCUUCACUAUGUCAUCAAGUACGAGUAGCUGAUGAUUACUACAGGGCACUCCUGGCAUAUUCUACUCAUACCGAUACUAGUGCAGGAAUCCUUAAUCCUGGGCAAGCAGCUUUGGGCUUAACUGAACCAAGACAUUCUCCUAGACAAGGUACAUUAGGUCAUCAAGAUAGAUCGAAUUCAGCUCCCAAUGUUUGUCUGAAUAAUGUGAAAAUACCUGGAGACGAUUGUUCCAGAAAUCUACAGUUGAAUCAGUUAGGCAAUGGAGAUUCUAUGUUGCACUGCAGAAGUACUCAAGCUUCACCAACGGGUUCUUUGCAACCAAGAAGACCUCGAGCAAAAUCUGCUGAUGAGAGCAAACCCCUUCUAGCACCAAGGGAAAGUAUCGAAGAUUGGGAGAUACCCGCUGAUGAAAUUUUGGUAGGGGCGCGAGUAGGUUCUGGAAGUUUUGGAACUGUAUAUAAGGCACAUUGGCAUGGACCUGUCGCAGUUAAAACAUUGAACGUGAAAAUACCUACGCUUGCGCAAUUGCAAGCAUUCAAAAAUGAAGUAGCAGUAUUAAGAAAAACAAGGCAUGUCAACAUUCUCCUUUUUAUGGGGUGUGUCAGUAAACCUCAAUUGGCUAUAGUCACCCAAUGGUGUGAAAGCUCUAGUCUUUAUAAACACCUCCAUGUACUUGAAACGAAAUUUCCUCUCUUCACAUUGAUAGAAAUCGGAAGACAAACAGCUCAAGGAAUGGAUUAUCUACACGCAAAAAAUAUUAUACAUCGUGAUUUAAAAUCGAACAAUAUCUUUCUGCAUGAAGAUCUCACAGUCAAAAUAGGCGAUUUUGGGCUAGCCACAGCCAAAACCAGAUGGGCCGGAUCUCAACAGUUUCAUCAGCCUACAGGCUCAAUUUUGUGGAUGGCCCCAGAAGUUAUAAGAAUGCAGGAGGAUAAUCCUUAUAGUUUUCAAUCGGAUGUUUAUGCUUUCGGUAUUGUUAUGUUUGAAAUGUUAGCUUUGCAAUUACCUUAUUCACAUAUAAAUAAUAAAGAUCAAAUAUUAUUCAUGGUAGGUAGAGGAUAUUUAAAACCGGAUCUAACUAAAUUGCGGAGUGAUACUCCAACUGCACUUAGGCGUUUAUUAGAGGACUGCAUUAAGUUUGAUAGAGAUGAGAGGCCACUUUUCAGACAAAAUCAUGCAUCUUUGGAAGGAUUGCUGAGAAAUCACCCUAAAAUAAAUAGAUCUGCCUCUGAGCCUAACAUGAAUCGAACACAGUUGCAAUCAGAUGAUUUCAUAUUCCCAUGUGCAAGUCCGAAAACUCCAGUCAAUUUCGGACCAGGAAGCAAUUUUUUGUUUUACAAUGUAACAGCAGGUAAUAUCUAAGGAAGAAAAAUUCAUCAAGAUUUAAAGAUAUGAAAAUUUACUGCAUAAAACGUGGAUAAAUACUUCCUUCUUAUUGAAUUUUAUAAGGUGACUUCUAUGAGACUGAAUUAUCAGAUCAAACUGAGAAAUUCAAUCUAUAAAAACUGUUGAAAUUUCUACGCAGCAAGUAUGUUGAUUUUAUUUCACAAGUUUUGAUCGGAUAGUUGACUUUGAUAAGAACCAUCAUUAAUAUCAGAUUCAAAUAAUUCAAUGAUCAGCAGGUGAUAAAACUAAUUUCAUGUUCCAAAAAAAUUUAUAGAUGUGGUUCUUUCUGGAUUGAUCACUUACUACUAGAAAUAGAAAAUAUUUACACAUUGAAAUUAUUUGAGACUUAAAGUGGAUAUAUUCUCAAGUCUUUGUCGUUACCAGUUUGUGAGCUAGGUUUUUAUCGUGUCUGGAGUUUUGAUUUUGUGUAGAGGUUGUUUUAUAUGGAGGUCAAGACAUGUAAAUAACAUGCGGAGGCAAUUUUUUCGAAUUCGUACAUUAUCUGCUCACAUUUUAUGAUAUCUCUUGUCCUUUUCCAUAUAAUGUCUUGAUUCAUACUUUGCUCGAUUCAGCUAUAUAUCUUUUUUUAUAUGUGAAUAUUACUUAGUGAAAAUAUAUUACUUAAAUUUUUGUUUCUAAAUGUGUCAUUGUUAAAUAUUAGUGAACCGACUCUGAAGGCAAAAUAUUUGCUGACUUUGAAUGUGUGUUAUAAACACUUGUUACAAUAAUUGACACCUACUGUUAAGUCAUCUGUACAAAUAUUUGUCACUUGCAUGUUACUAUUACAGACGAAUUUGCAACGUGCACUACUAUGUACAUCCCAAUAAAUAUAUUAAGUACUAA